GGCGGAUGUGCGGACUGGGCCGGGGGAGAAUGGCCGGGAAAAGACCGAGGAGAUGACUGGAUCCUCGCGGCGCGGAGCGUGAGAAGCAAUGUCCGACAAUGAGGAUGAGAUCUGGGGUUAUAAAUCCAUCCGGAAACGCAGAGAUCGGAACGCGGAGGAAGCAGGAUGUCAGGAACAGGCGAGAAAAUCCCGGGAUAGUAAGAAGAGAAGUGCACAAAGGAAGACGAACCAGGUCCGGGCCCCCACUGCCCCCCAACUGUCCACACCGAAAAGAAACCAAGCUGAAACCGCGAACACCCCGAGCCCCGUCACCCCUCAAAACAGGAACAGCGGCCAUUGCCCCAGCUGCCAGAUGCCGUUCUCCAUAUUACUGGUGCAGACACCGCGAUGGCACGUGAGCGAAUGCUUGGACGCACCGCCAACCGCACAGACAGAAUGUCCGGACGGUGCGCGCUGCCGCUCGACUCUCCCGUCUCACUACAAGCGAUUCUCCCAUUUCCUUCUGGCACAGAGCCGGGCCCUGGAUCUGCCCCCGCUUUCUCCACCUCGUACCCCAGAUCCUGCUUUACUUAUUUUCAGCGGUUUGAGUCCAGCAAAAUCCAACACCUCAACCAGUAAGAAGAACACAAAGCUGAAGUCGCCCAAGUCGCAGUCCCCCGCCAGCUCCCAGGAGUCGGUGAGGAGGACGCCGCUGGAGGUCUGGCUCUCCUCACCAUCCAAAGCCUCUCAGGACUCCUUAUCCCAAGAAACCUCCAUCCAGGUCACUGCCGCUAAGAGUCCCCCUCUGCCCCAGCAAGACGAAGACAAGUGUGACAGGACCAUCUCCUUUUCUCCACUGGUCAGUGGUGAGGAGCUGUUCAGUGAAGAGGAGGGCGACCUGACAAUCCCAGGAAGGUCACCCCAUCCCAGAAGGUCACCUCCACAUAAGAAUGAAGCAGUAGAAACCCCCUCUCCGUGCAAUAUUAGCAGUGGCGGCACCUGUGAGUGGACUCGGCCCGGAGGAGAAGAGCUGCUGCUGGGUGCUGAUUAUUGGUCUGGGUGCGGCACCGCUGCCUCAGAUAUCCAUGACCACGGCCCCAAUAAUCGGCUCCUUCUACCUCAUAUUAAGACAGAAGGAGACGCAGCCUCAUCCCUCCAUGUGUUGCUCCCCCACCUGCAGCACCCAGUAAAGGCUGAGCGGCCUGCAGCACAUCUCCAGGAAGGACUGUCACAGGCCUCUCAGGCGAUGACAUCCUCGGCCAAAGCCAUGAAGCAAAUGGACAUUGGGGUUUUCUUUGGGUUAAAACCUAAAGCAUUGACCAAAAAGACUGAGGAACAGGUGCCUUUAAAAACCCAGACGUCCAUUGCCGUGUCCUCGCAGAACGUGAGACCAGCCCAGAAGAGGAAGGCAACUGGUUCUCUUGGCGAUUACGGUGGAGUUGUGGAAAAUGUUAGUGGGGUCCCAGUGCCGGCGGCUUCAGGAACCCAGAGAAGAGGUGGAAAGAGGUUUAGGCAGAACACUACCACCGAGGAGGGGGGGAGGGGGAAGAAGCAGUGCCCCUUCUACAAGAAGAUCCCAGGCACCGGUUUUACAGUGGACGCGUUCCAGUACGGUGAAAUAGAAGGCUGCUCUGCGUAUUUCCUCACCCACUUUCACUCGGAUCACUAUGGCGGUCUCACCAAGAAAUUCCGCUUUCCAAUUUAUUGCAGCAAGAUCACGGGGAACCUGGUGCAGAGUAAGCUGCGAGUAGAGAAGGAGUUCAUUACCUGCCUGCCCAUGUACAUGGAGUGCACCGUGGACGGCGUCAAGGUGGUGCUGCUGGACGCCAACCACUGCCCCGGGGCGGUUCUGCUGCUCUUCAUCCUCCCCAAUGGGACCUCGAUAUUACACACAGGAGACUUCCGCGCAGAGCCCUCAAUGGAGAGGUAUCCAGCGCUGCUUGGCCGUAAGAUCCACACCCUGUACCUGGACACCACGUACUGCAGUCCGGAGUACACCUUCCCCCCGCAGCAGGAAGCGGUGCAGUUUGCUGUGAAUGCUGCGUUUGAGAUGAUGACUCUACAUCCGCGAACGUUGGUGGUUUGCGGCACAUACUCUGUAGGAAAGGAGAGAGUGUUCUUGGCGAUCGCUGAUGUUUUGGGCUGUAAGGUUUGCAUGUCCCAAGACAAAUAUAAAACCAUGCAGUGUCUGGAGUCCGAUGAGAUCCGUGCACUGGUGACCACAGACUGGCACAGCACCGCGCUGCACGUCCUCCCCAUGAUGCAGGUUAAUUUUAAGGGUCUGAACGCCCACCUCAACAAGUUCUCUGGAAGAUACGACCGCAUCUUGGCCUUCAAGCCGACGGGAUGGACGUAUUCUGCGGGCUGCGGUUCAGUGGCCGAUAUCCGGCCGGACAUUCGAGGAAAAGUGACCCUCUAUGGGAUCCCCUACAGCGAACACAGCAGCUUCUCCGAGAUGAAGAGAUUUGUGCAGUUUAUAAAACCUCAGAAAAUCAUCCCGACCGUCAAUAUGGGGAACUGGAAAUCCCGCACGACCAUGGAGAAGUACUUUGCUGAAUGGCUCUCGGGGUCUCGAUGAGGAAAGCUUCCGUAACGUCUUCUAUGAAUGUACCCGCACUUUACUGACCCGACUGCGCAGAGACUUUAUGACGUGGACACGUGAACUACAGGGGGUCUCCGGGGUUAUGGAACUAAAUCUCUGUGUGAUGGGAAGUUCUGCAGCUUUCUAAUGGGCUCAGAGCUUCAGAUCUCUAAGAGCUCUGCUUGCUGUUAAUGAAUGUCAGCAUUGUGAAAAUCGGAGGAUUUUAUAAACUGGAUGCUAUUGUAACAAACCCCCAGCUGUGAAUGCAUUUGGGUAUGUGCAGGUUUUCCACCUCUGGAUGCAAAUAGUGGAGAUUUAUUAAUGUUGCCCUUUAAAUGAGAUGGGCAGAGGCACCCCCAUUGCCCCCCUUCCCCCCACCCGCAUGGGUGUGGGAACCUCUUUCUUCCUCUGCGUGAAAUUCGCACGUUUUUGGGGUGGUAUAUAUUGGGGUCACAUGCUUAAUUUUCUUCCUAUAGUGACAUCUAUGGUUAAACGCCUGAAAAACCGGCACCCUCGGAUCAUCGUGUUUUAUGCGGCAUUAAUAAUUUCCUAUUGGCCAGCAUGAAGGUGCGCAGCCGCUGUGAUGUCGCUUCUUGGCUGGUUUACUUUUUGUCACGUUCUACUUGUUAAAUUUGAAAAGUUCCCUUUCACUGACUGCAAGCAGAACUCUUAUAACUUGUAAGGGCCAGAAGGCAUAUUAGAAAAUUGCAGGACUUCUUGUUAUACGGGGAUUGAGGUCUUAUGUUUUUUUUAUAAAUGUCGAUCAUACAGAAAAAUUUGUUCUCCAUAAGUCAACACCUCGGGCCGAGCAGCAGUGACUAAAGGGACGGCCGCAUCAUGGACCCCGCUGUGGUUACCCCAGUGUAGCGCUGUCUUACCAUCCUCCACUAGGUGGCGCUGCUGCUUCCACAGACGGGCCCCGGCUGAAUCAUGUGUUCUCCACACUAUGUAUUACAGCAGGUGACGGCCUCGCUUCUUCUGGUCUUACAGCGUAGGAUCCACCACGACUGCUCAAUGUUAAUAAUAAUAUUAUAUGUAUUAUCUAAUGUAAACGUGUAACUAUCUAAUUAAAUAAAGCUCUAAUGAGAUCAUGUGGGGUUUUAAUAA